AUGGGCUACAUCGACUCGCAGGUGCACGCGUACCACUACCACCACGACCAUGAGAUGGCCCUCCGCUGGCUCAAGGAGACCUUCCCGCUCCCCGACGAAAUCGAGAUGAAGGGCAAGUCCAACGCCGCUUCCUCCGGCACCGGCGCCAACCUCACCGCCCCCGCCCCCGCCUCCACGCCCGUCGGGCCCGCGCCCUCCUCCCACAUCAUCGGCGCCGCCCCGGCCGCCCACGGCCUCGUCAAUCAGUACUGGGACUGCUUCGACGACGAGGAGCAGUGGACCAUGUUCCACGGCCUCAAAAUGGCCUGCAACGGCGACCUUUUCAAGGACGGCGUCCUGCUCGGCAACAACUUCCACCGCGCCGACCGCCUAGCCGCGCUUGCGGCCGCCACCAAGCCGCCGCCGCCGAACCGCGCGCCCACCUCCUAG